CAGAACGGAAGUGCAUUAUGAGACACCGCAGUGAGAAACAGAACAAUUCACUUUUCCUUCUAAGCUGUCGUUUAUCAUACUGCUGAAAGAAAAUUCUUUUUUUGUUUUUUUGUUGUUUUUUUACUUAAUUCUCUUGUUUUAAUCCUCCUAUACGAAAACGUUUCUUUGGGAUUAGGAACGUAUUCUCAGGAUGGACCCCGCUCUGCUGAGGGAGCGGGAGCUGUUCAAAAAGAGAGCCCUCUCCACUCCUGCUGUAGAGAAAAGACCUGCCUCUGCUGAUUCAGGCUCACACAAAAAGAAGAAACCUAAAGUCGACAGGGACAGCUCCUCCGGCACCAAACAUGGCUCUGAAUCCACAAAUGGCAUCAACAUCAAGACGAGUUCUGGGUACAAAUUCGGAUGCUUGGCCAAAAUAGUCAAUUACAUGAAGACGAGGCAUCAGAAUGGUGACACCCACUUCCUGACAUUAGAUGAAAUUUUGGAUGAGACCAAACUCCUCGAUAUCGGCAUGAAGCAAAAACAGUGGCUUAUGAAUGAGGCUCUUGUCAGUAACCCAAAAAUUGAAGUUCGAGAUGGCACAUAUGGGUUCAAACCAAAGUACAAUCUAAAAGACAAAAAAGCCCUGCUCAGGCUUCUGGACAAACAUGGACAGCAGGGACUGGGGGGAAUUCUGCUGGAUGAUGUUGAGGAGGGCCUUCCCAAUGCUGCCAAAGCCAUUAAGGCUUUGGGAGAUCAGAUCAUCUUUGUUACAAGGCCAGACAAAAAGAAGAUUCUUUUUUACAAUGACAAACACUGCCAGUUUGUUGUAGAUGAAGAGUUUCAAAAGCUGUGGAGGAGCGUUCCUGUUGAUUCAAUAGAUGAAGAAAAAAUUGAAGAGUAUUUAAAGAAACAAGGCAUUUCCUCAAUGCAAGAAACGGGACCAAAGAAAGUGUUACCAGUCCAGAAGAGGAAGAAGCAGAGUGGACAGAGGAAAAGGCAGUUCAAGACUCACAACAAUCACUUGGCUGGUGUUUUGGAGGACUAUUCAGAUGGUGUGCCAGCCAAUAAAUGAAACGCCUCCCUUCCUUUAGGGUCAGAAAACAGUAUUUUUGGAAACAGCUGGAUGUGCGCAAACUAUAAUACAGACUUCUCUUUUUUCCAUCUGUCAUCUCUGGUCUUUAUUGGUUUUAGUUUGUUAAUUUUGGCUUUUAUUUUGGAUCAGAGAUGAGAGGAACACAAGACUGUGCAAGAUCAAUAGGUCACAUGCUAUUAAUGCACUAGAAUUUGUUUUUAUACAUAUACCAUAGUGUGAGGAAAAUGCUGUGACUGUUUGGAGGACCAGAUGUCACAUGUUCUCUUUAAUCAGCCAGUGCUGUGCAGUACAGUGAUUAAUUACAUUGAACAUUACACAAUUUUAAUUAUCUGUUAUUGGGACAUUUAUUUAAUACUCUUAUAAUUUCAGGACUUGAUUUCUUUUUAAAUAAAUGUUUAAAUAAAUGAUCUAUGAAGUGUA